GGGCUAAGCACCGAAGAUCACCCAGUCAACAUCGUUCGCAUAAUUGAUGCCCAGGGUUCGUUAUGCAACUACGCCAUUACUUGCAGCCUUGACUGACUUGUGGCAUGUAGACACCAGGUUAGAAGAGGCCGUCCAUGUGCUGCUUAGGGCAUUUGCCAAAGGUGUGAACUGUGUACAAUCAAUAUCCGUAUUAUCGAAUUGAAUUUUUACUCACAAUAACUCCCGUGACUAGACAAAAUACUUGAUACUAUGACUGGCUGCGUAAAAGAACUACGCGAGAUGACACUACGUGCAAUCGUCAGUGCAACCGUCAUAGGUGGCCACUUUUACGUCGCCCUAGAUCAAGAAUCGGGCAAAGUUUUGGGUACCGCAUGUUGGUACCCACCUCAAACCGAUUUUCUUUUGGAUGAAAAGCAGCAAAAGCAAGAAGAUGUAGUAAACCUACUCCGUGAGCUUGGUACCAACCAUGCUCAAUUGUUUAGUUGGUGGAUGAGCACGCUUCUCCCGAAAUCGACCGAAAUAUAUAACAGUGCCUUGGGCAACAAUAAUUUUAUCCUGGAAAACUGGAACCUUUAUUCAUUUACCGUAGAACCUGCCUAUCAAGGUAAAAGAAUUGGUUCAAAGUUGCUCAAGAUCGGUGAAGACGGUGCCAGAGAAAUGAAAACGUCGGUCUGUUUUGGAACAAAUAGUGGCCCGCAGACUCAACUGUACGAGCAUAAAGGUUAUGAGAUAAAGGGUCAAGGUGAUAUUCCACCUCCUCCGGGUCAUGAGAUAGAGGGGUAUACAAUGUUGGUUUAUGUCCAGUCUUUCGUGCAUACCGAGGCUUGAGUAGAUUAG